UAGGUACAUUGCUUGUACUAAUAUUACUAUGAGAACAGUUACGAACCGGGCAGUCGAACGUCUCAGUCUUGCAGAUUCUUUCCCUCCAUCUGCUAAUUAUGACGCCGCAGUCCCAGCACCCGACUCCUUUGCAUCUUUCAAUUCCGGAUAUCCCCACUGAAGACCCGAAGGCAGGCACCGCACGUACCGAACUAUCGUGAAUAUUUGUUUUCCGGGCAGUUGCCGCAGAUACUUCAUCAAUCGAUGUAGAAGGGAACACCGACCGCUGAGCCCCACUGUGCAUGAUUGCAUUCGCAGCCACUGCGAUACUCCGAGAACAGCAGCCGACACCUCGACGGCCACGGCCAACAUGUAUUCACCGACGCGACAGGAGCCCCUCCACGUGGCAAUCAUCGGCGCGGGCAUCGCCGGCGUCAGUGUGGCCCUAGGCUUGCAGGCUCGCGGCGUCUCGUACACCAUCUAUGAGCGCGCCCCGGGUUUUCGAGAGAUAGGGGCAGGCAUCGGGUUCAGUCCCAACGCGGAGCAUGCGAUGAGGUCCCUGAACCCGGACAUGUUCGCCGCGUACAGGCGGGUUGCCAACCCCAAUGGAGAGGACUACUUCCAAUGGGUGGACGGAUAUGAAACCAACGAGCUUAUUUUCAAGCUGCAUGUCGGCAAAGACAGCUUCCUGGGCGGGCUCCGCAGCACCUUUCUCGACGAGUGGUCGCAGCUUAUACCAUCGAGCGCCGUGCAGUUCGACAAACACCUCGACACCAUCACGAAGCCCGCCCCCGACUCCCCAUCGGACAAGCUGCUUAUCCACUUCACGGACGGCACAACGGCCGCUGCCGACGCCAUCGUCGGCUGCGACGGCAUCCGCUCCCGCGUCCGCCAGCUGAUCCUGCCCGAGCCGCCAGUCCGUCCGGGAUACACGCAAAAGUUUUGCUUCCGGGCUCUCGCCCCGAUGCCGGCCGCGGUGGCCGCGCUGGGCUACGCCCGCACCUCGACGCGCUUCAUGUACAACGGCCCGGGGGCGCACCUCAUCACGUACCCGGUUGCCAACAGCAGCCUCCUCAACAUCCUCGCGGUGCUUUCGGACCCGAGCCCCAGCUGGCCGCAUCCGCACCACACGGCAGCGGGCAGCAAAUCGGAGGUGACCGCCGCGUUUGCCGAGUGGUGCGGCGCUGCGCGGGCCAUUGUCGGCUUGCUGCCUGACUCGGACGGCGGGAAGAUGGACAAAUGGGGGAUCUUUGACCUGGCGGCGGAUCCGGUGCCGCAGUACCACGGCGGCAGGGUGUGCGUGGCCGGUGACGCGGCGCACGCGACAGGGCCGCACCUCGGGGCGGGAGCGGGGAUGGGGAUUGAGGACGCGCUGGUGCUGGGGGCGUUACUGGCGGAGGCCAAUAAAAGAUGGACGGGAGUGGAGAAAGACUCGGAUGGCAAGGGGAGGCUGGUGGAGAAGGCAUUGGAGGUGUAUAACGACGUGAGGUACCUCCGGACUCAGGAGGUGAUCCAUUCGACGAGGAAAGCGUGCGAUUUGUUUCAUUGGCGUGAUCCUGACGUUGCAAGGGACCCAGAAGGGUUCGGCAAAGAGAUCACAGAACUGUUUUAUGAGAUAUGGAAAUACGAUGUCGACGGGAUGGUGGAGAGGGCGGUGGCCAAGUUCGUUGAGACGGCUCUCUAAGAGCUUGUUUUUUUCCCACAAGGAGCCCAAGCAAGCGGAGAGGACGGGCGGGUGAAGUUUACCACUAUCGAUACCGCUGGUUGGAACCAGCAUCUUCGUACAUCAAGAGAGUAGCCACGACUGACUAUUAGCCCAGAGCCGGUUCUCGGAAGGGCUACCUAGCUGGAACUAUAUUGAAGUAACUGUUAGCCGCGCU